CUUGUCACCUCAAAGUAACGAGCGGCUCAGAGACAGAAGGACGUUAGAAAGUGGGCGUUCCGGGGACGCGCACCGAUUCAUGCUUUCCCUUUAUAGUGGCGCGUCUGGUACCAGAUGAAUGGCCCUAUGGUGGAGGUGUGAUGUCUCACCGAUGAGGGAAUGGGAGUUUGGAGAUUCUAAACCAGAUGACUUGCCACUCAGUCUCUGGUUCUCUGGACUAGCAGCCUGACCCCUGAAUGAUCAGCACAUGUAACUGUGUCUUGUCCUACUAAGUAGUCGCUGUGAUCCACGUGGAGCACAUUUUUCCACCCUCUGAGGUCUAUGUCAGUUUGGUGAACUUUUUUUUUUUUUCUGCUAAGAAGGGAUCUGUAGCUGAAAGCCACUGCCUGAAACCAGGCUUCUGCUGAACUUAUUGACAAAGUCUGCCUGCAGACAGCUGCUCUCCGGACCAGGCGGCUCCGGGUUGCAUGGUGGUGCCUCGGCUGCUCCAGCGGUUCAACAAAUGCAGAAAAGGGAGAAAAGUUUCGGUAUACAAAUGCUCUCCGUCCAGCCGGACACCAAGCCAAAAGGCUGUGCCGGCUGCAACCGGAAGAUCAAGGACCGCUACCUGCUGAAGGCCCUUGAUAAGUACUGGCACGAGGACUGUCUCAAGUGCGCCUGCUGUGACUGCAGGCUGGGCGAGGUCGGCUCCACGCUCUACACCAAAGCCAACCUCAUCCUUUGCCGGAGAGACUACCUACGGUUGUUUGGUGUAACAGGAAACUGUGCAGCCUGCAGCAAGCUCAUUCCAGCCUUUGAGAUGGUCAUGAGGGCCAAGGAAAACGUCUACCACCUGGACUGCUUUGCAUGCCAGCUCUGUAAUCAAAGGUUUUGUGUGGGAGAUAAGUUUUUCCUGAAGAACAACAUGAUUCUGUGCCAGACAGACUAUGAGGAGGGACUGAUGAAGGAGGGCUACGCUCCCCAGGUCCGCUGACCCUCGAAGUCCAACAUGGAGAAUGAGGAGGAAAAGGAGGAAUGGGAAAAAGAGAGACAGACAGAAGGAGCGCUUGCAAUCACAAAACAAAAAGCACUAUUGCCUCCGGUCCAGCUCCUGUCCCCCACAUGUACAUAACUAAGAAUGCCCUCCCUGAGAGGGGAUUCUGCUGUACAGAAUAGCCAUAGAGACAAAGUGGCAGGGAAAACCCCUGGAAGCCGACCACAAAUUACAUGUAUGAAAAACAUGUUUGUAUAUUCCUUUGUUUGUGACUGACAGAUGCUGCCUCUUUCCACCAACAAACACUGGCCUCAGAGCAAGUUUUAGCCAACAGCUGAUCCUGGCUGUUGAAAAAAAAAAAGACUCCCAAAAGCAGACUUGUCUCAUCUUAUCUGGCAAAGACA